ACGAAAAAAAAGCCCACGCAAGGUGUUAAAUGUAAUUAUUAUUAUUAUUACUAUGUUUAUUGAUUUUGUAUGUGUGAUACAUAGUCUUCUGCUCAAAUCAUAAACAAAUAAAUAAGAAUCGUUAAUUUGAAAAAUUUUCUAAAUGAAACCAUCAUGAAAAUCAUCUAUGUCAAUCAAUGUUUUUUCACAUAUUUUUUAAUCAUUUUUCAUGCUACUAAAGCAUCCACUCAUUGGAUUGUCACCGAAGAUGGCAAAAUACAUACUCAAGAUGAUUCAAUUUUUCAGAUGCGUCGACCAUAUGAUCUAAUGUCAUUGUUGCAGCAGGAAAAACGAGCCAAAGUUUUUGCCAAAAUUAAAGCCCAAUUAAUGGCACAAAAAGAAGAGAUUGAAUCGGAAAACUUUGAUAAUCAAGAAGAUGUUGAACAAAUGGUAUAUCUCACUAGUCCAGAUUGUUUGAAGGCAAAAAAACCAUUAGUACAAUUUGAUCUUUAUGUUGGCACAAUGGUUUUUUCCUAUCCACGUAAUGAUCGUCGUUCAUUACCAACACAAUUUCCAAUCAAAAUGUUUCAUAAUCAACAGGAUAGAAUAUCAUCACCAAUGCAGCAAAAUUAUCUUUAUUUUGAUCCAAUAAAUAAAAAUUGCAACACAUUUACUAGUUCGAAUACUAGCUCGAAAAUUGGUUUAAAUAACAAUGAAAACGAUGAUGAAUUAAUCAGCUUUGAUAUUGAAAAUGAAUCACAGCCAAACAGAUUUAAAAAUGCGCCAAAUUGUAGUGAAUAUCCUUUAAAUGAUUUUUCAAUGACUUCUUUCGAACAUUUACCGUCGGUACGAUCACGUAAAAAUCUAAAAAUGGAUGCUGAAUCUGAAAUUUUACGUUAUAUUGGAAAAUGGAAAUCAUAUCAAACAUUUGGUAAAGAUAUUUCGGAUGGAUUAAAACAGAAUUCAAGUUCAUGGAUAUUAUAUACACUGGCUUCAUUUUAUUGGCGUGGAAUGGGUCAAGCCGAACAGGCCAUCGAAUGUAUUCGUCGUGCACUUCAUUCUAGUCCGAAUGAAUAUCGAUCAAUACCAUUAUUGUCAUUGGCAACGAUUCUUCAUCGUUCUCGUAGCUAUGAUGAUGCUGUUAUUGUAUUACAUGGCAUUAUCGAUAUGGCACCAGAAAUACCACAUUCACAUUAUAUACUUGCUAAUAUCUAUACAGUUAUGACCGAUUAUAAUAAAUCGGUCAUUUGUUUGGACAAUGUUUUGAAACUUUGUCCAAAUUUUCUUGAAGCUAAAUUACGUAAACAUGCUGUAUUAUGUCAUAUAGGCAUUGAAAAUGCACUGAAAACUCAACACGAAAAUUUACAAAAAACUUUGGAUGAAUUAAAAGAUUAUCAACGACAACAAGAAUUAUGGAUAAAUUAUCAUCAAAAAUUGCGAUCCGAACAAGCCCCACCAAACGUACAAUUAGAACAACGACUUCAUUAUCGUGAAUUUAAAAUUCGACAAAAAUUGGAAGAUGAAAAUUUUUUCAAACAAGAUGAUAAUCAACAACAGCAACAUACAAAUCAUGAUGAUCAUCCAUUGACAAUGGCAGCAUUGAAUCAUAUACAAAUGAAAUUAGAAUCUGGUAAAAAAUUAUUCGAUCUUCAUUUCGAAAUACCGGAACAGAUCGAUGAAACAGAACAGCUAGAUAAAAUGAAAUCCAAAGAAAAUGAUGAAGAAAGAUCAAAUAGAAUUAAAAAAUUAUUAGCAUCAACAGCAACAAAUGGAAACAGUAUCGAAUUAGAUAUUGAUCAACAAGAAAAUGAUGGUGAAAAUGACCAUGAUGAAGAAAUUAAUACGAGCAAAGAAUGUUCAACAUCAUCAUCAACAACUGAUUCACGGCCAAUUCUAUUGCCUGUAACAUUUGUAUUGCCACCAUCUGAUUAAAAGAAAAAAAGAUUUGAUUUACUACUUAUGAAUUCUUUGGAAUGAUUUGAAAACAUUAAAUAUCAAUUUAUUUUA